UACCAUGCCAUGCCAUGCUUAUAUUGCCCAUACCUAAUUAAAACCUCAACAACACACACAAAAAAAGGUCUCAGUUCCAUUUUCAAGACACAUCAUUAUCACAUUUCUCCAAGCCCUUUCUUGUCAUUUCCCCCUUCACUACCCCCUUUCUCACUCCCUCUCCACCAUCACCACCACCACCAAGCAACUGAUCACAUUACCGUGUCUUCCAAAAACGCUGUAAAGUUUCAAGCUUUGAGCAAAUGGGUACCCGAAUUCAGUCUCACCAGCUCAAAAGCGGGUUGGUGGUGUCGGGUCGACCUGGACAGCAACAAAAAGAGAAACAACCCACCAUGGCAUCACGCGCGGUUCCUUAUACAGGCGGUGACAUUAAGAAAUCCGGUGAGUUGGGGAAAAUGUUUGACAUCCCGGCGGCGGUUGACCCUCCAAAGCAACCACCUUCACGUGCUUCUACUUCUUCAAGCGGAUCCAUGAGGAACUCUUCUUCAGGUCCCAUGAGAAACUCUUCAGGUCCCCUGAACGUCGUCCUGCCGACAGGGCUUUUCACUUCCGGACCACUUGGUUCCGGCCCACUGGGCUCAGGCUCACAAAAGAGAUCGGGUCAGCUUGACAACAGUGCUGUCGGUUCUGGUACAGGAUCCGGAUCAAGCAAGGCACUUUACGGGUCAGCAGUAACGAGCUUGGCUGAUGAUGUGAAGGUGGGGCUAAGGGUUUCUAGGCCAGUGGUGUGGGUGGUGAUGGUGGUGCUUUUGAUGGGGUUGCUUGUUGGUGCUUUUUUGAUGGUUGCAGUUAAAAAAGCUGUGAUCUUGGUGGCUGUUGGGGCUGUUUUGGUGCCUUUAUUUGUGGGGUUGAUUUGGAAUUGUGCAUGGGGAAGGAGAGGGUUGUUAGGGUUUGUGAGGAGGCACCCUGAUACUGAGCUUAGAGGUGCUAUUGAUGGACAGUAUGUCAAGGUUACUGGGGUUGUCACCUGUGGCAGUAUACCUUUGGAGUCAUCUUACCAGAGGGUAUCCAGAUGUGUAUAUGUUUCAUCAGAGUUGUAUGAAUAUAGAGGGUUGGGUGGAAAGUCUGCCCAUGCAAAGCACUGUUUUUUCUCAUGGGGUUUGAGACAUUCAGAGAAGUUUGUCGCUGAUUUUUACAUAUCAGAUUUCCAAUCUGGGCUAAGAGCACUAGUAAAGGCAGGCUAUGGAGCUAAGGUUGCUCCAUUUGUCAAGCCAGCUACAGUGGUGGAUGUAAAAAAGGAGAACAAAGAUAUGUCUCCCAGCUUUUUACGCUGGUUAGCUGAUCGCAACCUCUCAAGUGAUGACCAGAUCAUGCGUCUCAAAGAAGGGUAUAUCAAAGAAGGGAGCACUAUUAGCGUAAUGGGUGUUGUACGACGACAUGAUAAUGUGCUGAUGAUCGUUCCGCCACAAGAGCCUGUCUCAACAGGUUGUCAGUGGUUCCGAUGCCUCCUUCCAUCCUAUGUUGAAGGCCUUGUUUUGACAUGUGAUGAUAAUCAAAAUGCUGAUGUGGUUCCUGUGUAGAUAUUUAGCUGUUCAUCAUCAUCUAAGUUCUCUUUUAAACUGGAUUUCACAAGUAAAUAUUUGAAGGGUGCCGACCAAGGCAAUCAUCAAGCACCCCAAAACCACUUGGUGCCUUCUUUUCAGGUUUUAAGGAGCAUGUAAAUGGCACAGAAGUUGCAAAGAUGGAAGAAUGAAGGCGCCAUGUAGCAACGAAACAUAUUCUAGUGAUAGUGCUAAAGAAUUAUGAUUUUGGCUGAUUUGUGUACAUAAAUCCCCCCAAGGGGUACGGAAAUUGUUGCGUUCUUCUGAACUAAAAUCUAGCAAAUGUGCUGUAAUUGUAUUUAGGUUCCAUCUAGAAGUUAUAGAGGUUUAGGUGUGUUGUAUUUGGAUUGCUUGUUUUCUCUUUGGUCUGAAGGAGCCCACUAGGGCCUUGGAUUGUGAACAUGGCGUCUACGUACGUUAAUAUUCUGCUGUGCUCUGAAGGAGGCAUAUAUAUUAGUAAAUUCAAGGGAUAAUCACCCUAGUAUUUAAUCUA